AUGGCUGAUUUUUACGCGUCCAAAUCAAACAUAAAAUCGCGUGACUUACGGAAGGCAGGAAAUCGGCUCUUUGCUUGUAAGGAUUAUGCCAUGGCUUUAACUGUUUUCAAUGAAAGCGUUUGUUGGGCAGAAACAGGAUCAGAAGAUUUAGCCAUUGCUUACGCAAACCGUUCGGCGGUGUAUUAUCAAUCGGCAGAAUACGAGUUUGCUCUUAAAAAUAUCUCCUUAGCUAAGAAUCACUAUUAUCCCAAACGUUUCAUGCCGAAGCUGGUGGCUCGAGAAUUAAACUGCAAAGCAAAAAUGGAAAGUGCUUCCUUGGAAAAACCAGCCGGUACGACGUUGCUAAUGAAUGUUGAAGCUAAUCCGAAAAUACCGUUCCUGGCUAAGGGAAUAUGUAUGAAACGAAUUGCAGGAUAUGGGCGGAGCAUGAUAGCUGAACGGGAGUUUGAUGUAGGAGAUAUUAUAUUGCAUGAAAAAGCAGCAGUAACUAUGUUAACAUGUAAUCAAAGAUACACCCACUGUAAUUAUUGUGGAGAUUGGUCCCACAGCUUGAUCCCCUGUCCCGGAUGUGUUUCAGCAAUGUAUUGUGGAGAGAAAUGCUUAGAGAAUGACAUAAAAUUGAUCCAUCGUUUCGAAUGCGGAAUCAUCGCAGACGUUGCGGCAAAUAGCAUAGGCCCAAAAAUGUUUUUCUAUGGAUUCGCCUUAUUCGGUGAUAAUGUAUCAACAAUGAUGGAAUUUUGCAACACUCGUAGCAAUACAACAGCGACAGCUGAUGAUCCACUUUGUUUGGAUUAUACAAAUUACGAUCCACUUGAAGAAUUCAAACUAAUCCAUAAUUUCUUUUCGAUUGCGUCGAUUUGUAAUCACUCGUGCAAUCCCAAUACAGCCGCACUGUACAACGAUUCAGGCCACCUCAAAUUUGAUGCACGUCGGCCCAUCGCCAAGAACGAACAAAUCUUCAUUUCCUAUGGGAUAGAUUUUAUGCAUGUUGUGGUACCUGGAUACAAUCCUGGCACUGAUUAG